UUUAUUUUGGAUCAUCUUCUUGUCCGGUCUGUGAAAUCAUAUAUGUAUAUUUGAUUUGGAGGCUGUGAUAACGUUCUCUCGAACUUGAUCUUUAGAACAUAUAUGUAUAAUAUGAUGAAGUCUGGAAAAGGUCGUUUCUUCCUAACAUCAAUUGUAAGAAAUUACUUUCCCUCGGAAACAUAUAGACGUCUGCUGUGUACAUUCCCCGAUCGGGGUGAUUUAAGGGAUUCAAAUGGUAGGCCUUUCCCUAGACUCGUGGAGGUAGAUCUCUUUGAUAGACCAUUGCCUCCUGAGAGGAUGUCUCGUCGUUGAUUAAGGAUAUGAAACGCCUAACCAAAGAAGAAAAGCACGAAUAUAGGUUUAUAUUUAGUGAAGCGUUGGGGCUUCCAACCCCUCCCAAAACUCCAAGGGGAGCAGAUGAGAGGUUUCUUGUGAAGUUGAUGAAGUUUGAAGAGUCUAAGUUUCAUGAUGUGCUUAGAGAAGUUGCAUGGGCCAAAACUACAGAAGUUGAUAAGACAGUAUUGUACCAGUUUUACAUGAGCGAGAGUUAUGAGAUUCUUUUUGAAGUCCCUUCCAUUGUUAAAGAAUAUGUCUCAAAGGAAGUAGCUCAAGACCUUGUUGCCAAGCUCAAUGCUGCUGGUGGAGUCGCUGUUAUCGAGGAGGUUGAUGAAGAGAAGGAAUGA